UGGCCCGGAGACCAGAACAUGGCGGCCGCCCUGUGCCUUCGCUCGGGCCUGAGCCGAGCUGGAGCCUGGCUGCUGUUGUCGCCGCCCGGGCGCUGCCCGCGCCGGGCUCUGCACAAGCAGGCGGACGGCACGGAGUUUAAGAGCAUCUACAGCCUCGAGAAGCUUUACCCCGAAUCCCAGGGCAGGGACACCGCCUGGCGGAUCCCGGAGGACGCAAAGCAAGCCGGCGGGGACAUCCCUCUAGACCGCCUGACCAUCUCGUACUGUCGGAGCAGCGGGCCUGGGGGCCAGAACGUGAACAAAGUGAACUCCAAGGCUGAAGUGAGGUUCCAUUUGGCCACUGCCGACUGGAUCGCAGAGCCCGUGCGGGGGAGGAUCGCCGUCACGCAUAAGAAUAAGAUCAACAGGUGCGGAGAGCUGAUUGUCACCUCGGAAAGCAGCCGGUAUCAGUUCCGGAAUCUGGCGGAUUGCCUGCAGAAAAUCCGAGAGCUGAUCGCCGAGGCCAGCCAGACGCCCAAGGAGCCGUCCAAGGAGGACGCCCAGCUCUGGAGAGCCAGGAUAGAAAACAGGAACCGGGCGAGGCUGCGGCAGAAGAGAGCGCAUUCGGCCCUCAAGGCCAGCAGGAGGGUGGACGUGGACUGAACCCGGGCAGCCGGCCCCGGGAGAGGAGACGUUUGUCCGUUUCUGCUGCCGUGCGAGCUACAGCGCUGGUGCCAUCGCGAGAAUGCUC